AUGAAGCUCAUCGUGCCCAAGCAGCACUCAUUUCCAUGGUUUGGAAUGGAUAUUGGUGGAACGUUAGUUAAACUGGUCUACUUUGAACCUAAGGACAUUACUGCAGAAGAGGAACAGGAAGAGGUGGAAAACCUGAAAAGCAUUAGGAAAUACUUGACCUCCAAUACAGCCUAUGGUAAAACUGGCAUUCGCGAUGUCCAUCUUGAACUGAAAAAUUUGACUAUGUGUGGACGCAAAGGAAACCUGCACUUCAUACGCUUUCCCAGCUGUGCCAUGCACAGGUUCAUACAGAUGGGUAGUGAAAAGAACUUCUCCAGUUUGCACACUACACUCUGUGCCACGGGAGGUGGAGCUUACAAGUUUGAGGAGGACUUUAGAACGAUUGCUGAUCUGCAACUCCAUAAACUGGAUGAAUUGGACUGUUUGAUCCAGGGCCUCCUUUAUGUUGAUUCUGUUGGUUUCAAUGGCCAACCAGAGUGCUAUUAUUUUGAAAACCCUACAGAUCCUGAACAGUGCCAGAAAAAGCCUUACUGCCUUGAUAAUCCGUAUCCUAUGCUGCUGGUUAACAUAGGCUCAGGGGUCAGCAUCCUAGCUGUGUAUUCUAAGGACAACUAUAAGAGAGUCACAGGAUCCAGUCUUGGAGGGGGAACGUUCCUGGGCCUGUGCUGCCUGCUGACUGGCUGUGAGACGUUUGAAGAAGCACUAGAGAUGGCUGCAAAAGGAGACAGCACCAAUGUGGAUAAGCUGGUAAAAGAUAUUUAUGGAGGAGACUAUGAGCGGUUUGGCCUUGAGGGGUCUGCUGUAGCCUCGAGCUUUGGUCAUAUGAUGAGUAAAGAAAAGAGAGAUUCCAUCAGUAAAGAGGACUUGGCCAGAGCUACGUUGGUCACCAUCACCAACAACAUAGGUUCUAUUGCUCGCAUGUGUGCACUGAAUGAGAACAUCGACAAGGUGGUAUUUGUUGGCAACUUUCUCAGAAUUAAUAUGAUUUCUAUGAAGGUACUAGCCUAUGCUAUGGAUUACUGGUCCAAGGGACAGUUGAAAGCUCUGUUUUUGGAACAUGAGGGUUAUUUUGGAGCUGUUGGGGCUCUUCUAGAAUUGCUUAAAAUGACAGAUGAUCAGUGAGGAAGCUGCCUGAAGAGAGUCCUGCUGCAGAUGCUGCUGGAGAAGAGUGAAACCCACUACAAGGAUGGAAAUGAAGCCAUUAUGGUAGUUCUACCUGCUGGAUUUGUAAAUAAUUUAAAAUCCUUUUAGCUGAUCUUUAACUUCUGGGUUUUGAGCUUAUACUUCAGAAUUCAUACUGGGAAUAACCAGUUGUUUGGGUUUUUUUUUCUCUACACUGUAUUUUUUAGGGGAAAAAUGUGCAAAGUGGCCAAACAUACAGAUUUUACAGACUUACUUUAAAAAGUGGAUACUGUUUAAUGUAGGACCUGUGAUACGAGGCAUCUGCUUUUCUUCUGGGGUUUACUGAUUAGUGUGGUAAUUUUAACUUCCUUUAGUAAUCACUCUAGGAGAUUUUUUAUCUUAUUUUCAUGACGUUUCAUGAUUUGUUCUUGGUUUCAAGUGAAACUACAAAGAUGAUGCAUUUUACUGUGAAAACUACUAAUUGAUUUUUUUUUCUUCUUUCCUUUCCUCAUUAGAUGAGACACUUUUUUUUUAUUUAACAACCCUCUGCCCUGCC